UUUCCCGCCUUCGCAUUCCCGCCAUUUCCAUGUUAGGGUUUCAAUCUCUGAAUCCCGUCCAUCGAAUCGCCUGGUAGGUUUUCGAUCUCGGCGUUCUCUACCGGAUCUCUACUGAUCCACCGACCUCGACGAUGCACAUCAAGGAGAUAUGCCUCGAGGGGUUUAAGUCUUACGCCACACGUACGGUGGUCUCCGGCUUCGACCCUUUUUUCAAUGCCAUCACAGGUCUCAACGGUUCCGGGAAGUCCAAUAUCCUUGAUUCCAUCUGUUUCGUCCUCGGCAUCACCAAUCUCCAGCAGGUACGGGCCAGCAACCUCCAGGAACUCGUCUACAAGCAGGGCCAGGCAGGCAUCACGAAGGCCACCGUUUCCAUUGUUUUUGAUAAUUCCGAUAGGUCUCGAAGCCCGCUAGGCUAUGAGGACUCCUCGGAGAUCACUGUCACUCGACAGAUUGUGGUUGGAGGCAGGAAUAAGUACCUCAUCAAUGGACAUCUUGCCCAGCCUUCUCGUGUUCAGACACUUUUUCAUUCUGUACAGCUUAAUGUUAACAACCCACAUUUUUUGAUAAUGCAAGGUAGAAUCACAAAAGUCCUGAAUAUGAAGCCCCCUGAGAUUUUAUCAAUGUUAGAAGAAGCUGCUGGUACACGAAUGUAUGAAAUGAAAAAAGAGUCAGCCUUAAAGACACUUGAGAAGAAGCAAAGCAAAGUAGAUGAGAUAGAUAAGCUUCUUGACCAAGAGAUUCUUCCUGCACUUGAGAAGCUCAGAAAAGAAAGGAUGCAGUAUAUGCAGUGGGUCAAUGGCAAUGCCGAAUUGGACUGUCUCAAGAGGUUCUGCAUUGCUUAUGAGUUUGUUCAAGCAGAAAAAAUACGAAAUAGUGCUUCCCACGAGAUGGAUCGGGUUAAGAGGGGGAUAGUUGAGCUGGAUGAAGUUACUAAUAGAUUGAAACUUGAGAUUCAGGAAAUGGAGAACACAAUAUCCUCCUUGAUUGCUGAUAAAGAAGCAAAAUUAGGUGGCGAAAUGAAAGAUUUAUCUAAGAAGGUGGAUACUCUUUCUCGAGAUCUUGUGAAAGAAACUUCGGCAAUGACUAAUCUAGAAGAAUCUUUGAGAACUGAGAAUAUGGCUGCAGAAAAGAUCAGUUCAAACAUUGAAGAAAUAAAAAGAUCAAUAGCUGAGAAGGAUUCUGCUGUGAGAAAAUCUGAGGAUGAUGCAGCUGAUCUAAAAAAGAAAGUGGAAAAUCUUCAUAAUGAAUUGGAAGUGUCAGAGAGAGAAUGUGAGGGUGUUCUUGCUGGCAAGAGCAGUGGAGAUGAUGAGAAGUGUCUUGAAGAUCAACUAAGGGAUGCCAAAGCUGCUGUUGGUGAUGUUGAAUCAGAAUUGAAACAGUUGAAGACUAAAAUUCUCCAUUCUGAAAAUGAACUAAAAGAAAAGAAGGGGCAGCUAUUAGCAAAAUGUGGUGAAGCUGCCACUGUGGAAAAUGAGUUAAAUAAUCGGAAAAAGGAUUUGGAGGCAAUUAGAUCAGCCAUAGAAUCAAUUUCAUUUGAAGAAGGCCAGAUGGAAGCCCUGCAGAAGGAUCAAUCUGCUCAGUUAGAGGCAAUUCAAAAGCUUAAGGAUGAAAUCAGGAUUCUUUCAGGACAACUUGCAAACAUUCAGUUCACCUACCGUGAUCCUGUUAGGAAUUUUGAUCGAUCAAAAGUUAAAGGAGUUGUUGCAGAACUCAUUAAAGUGAAAGAUGCUUCUGCAAUGACUGCCCUAGAGGUUGCGGGUGGAGGCAAGCUAUUUAAUGUUGUUGUAGACUCUGAAAAUACUGGAAAGCAGUUGCUCCAAUUUGGAGAGUUGCGGAGAAGGGUGACAAUUAUUCCCUUGAAUAAAAUUCAAACUCACAUUGUUCCACAAAGAGUUCAACAAGCAGCUGCUAGACUAGUAGGUGAAGGAAAUGCUCAAUUAGCUCUUCUCUUGGUUGGGUAUGAUGAUGAUGUAAAGAAUGCUAUUGCUUAUGUGUUCGGAUCCACAUUUGUUUGCCAGAGUACAGAUGCUGCAAAGGAGGUUGCCUUUAAUCGGGAAAUUAAUACUCCUAGUGUGACUUUAGAAGGUGACAUUUUUCAGCCAAGUGGUCUUUUAACUGGUGGAAGUCGCAGAGGUGGAGGUGAAUUGUUGAAACAACUUAAUACAUUAGCUGAAGCUGAAUCACAACUCAACAUUCACAAGAGAAGGUUGGAGGAAAUUGAAAAAAAGAUUGCUGCUCUUAUGCCUUUACAAAAGGAGUUUAUGCAACUGAAGUCUCAACUUGAAUUGAAAUCCUAUGAUCUUUCACUUUUUGAGAGCAGAGCUCAGCAGAAUGAGCACCAUAAGUUAGGUGAGCUUGUGAAAAAGAUAGAACAAGAACUGCAAGAGGCAAAAAUAACAAUAAAAGAAAAGCAGCUUCAAUAUAAGAAUUCUGUUUUGGCUGUUUCAACACUCGAAAAAUCAAUAAAAGAAAAUGGAAACCAGCGAGAGACCAGACUGAAGAAUUUGGAUAAGAAGAUUAAGUCACUGAAAUCUGAUAUGCAGUCAGCUCAAAAACAACUCAAGGUUCACGAAAGUGAAAAGGAGAAGAUUAUCAUGGAGAAAGAAACAAUUGUACAAGAGCUUGUUAUGUUGGAGAGCCAAUUUGUUUCUUCAGAAACUCAAAUUAACACUCUUACUAAAGAUCUGGAUGAACGAAAAAGCAAGGUAUGCUCCAUCAAGAUGGACUAUGAUCAAGCAGAGUCUAAGUUGAAUGAAAGCCGCUCAAAUUUGAGAGAAUGCGAUACACAUAUAACUAGGAUGACUGCAGAUCAACAAAAAUUACAACAGAAACUUAGUGAUUCUGCAGUAGAGAGAAAGAAGAUGGAAAAUGAGGUGAAGCGCAUGGAGCUAGAACAGAAAGAUUGUUCUUUGAAAGUUGACAAGCUACUUGAGAAACAUGGUUGGAUUGCUGCUGAGAAACAAUUAUUUGGGAAAAGUGGAACUGACUAUGAUUUUUCAGCUCGUGACCCAAGUAAAUCGAGGGAGGAACUGGAGAAACUGCAGGCUGAACAAUCUGGGCUUGAGAAGAGGGUUAACAAAAAGGUGAUGGCAAUGUUUGAGAAAGCAGAAGAUGAGUACAAUGAUCUGAUUUCAAAGAAAAAUAUUAUAGAGAAUGACAAGUCAAAAAUCAAGAAAGUGAUUGAAGAGUUAGAUGAAAAAAAGAAGGAAACUCUGAAAGUAACUUGGGUCAAAGUAAACAAGGAUUUUGGGUCAAUUUUUAGUACGCUUUUACCUGGAACGAUGGCUAAGCUUGAACCUCCGGAAGGUUGCAAUUUCUUAGAUGGGUUGGAGGUUCGUGUUGCAUUUGGUACUGUUUGGAAACAGUCUCUGUCAGAAUUAAGCGGGGGACAACGUUCUCUUCUUGCACUUUCUCUGAUUUUGGCGUUGCUUCUUUUCAAACCAGCACCUAUCUAUAUACUUGAUGAGGUGGAUGCUGCUCUAGAUCUUAGUCAUACACAAAACAUUGGAAGAAUGAUCAAAGCUCACUUCCCACAUUCACAGUUCAUGGUAGUUUCACUGAAAGAAGGCAUGUUUAAUAAUGCAAAUGUCUUGUUCCGGACUAAAUUUGUUGAUGGUGUCUCUACUGUCACUCGAACAGUUGCCUCGAAACAAAGAUAGUUCUCUAAUCUGUCUUCAUGGCUGGUACACUACAUUUCUAGCUCUGAUAUGGCAAAUUCUAAGGUAUUUGAAUUUUACUUUGCUUCUUGAGCUUGCUAUCACUUGCAACUCUGUAUUCAUUUGUAUCUCUUGCAAAGCUAGUUAGAACAGGCCCUAUAUCAAAGACUUUUGGGUGUACUAAUACUCGUUAACAAGACUUGUUGUUUGCAGUGUUUUUUCCCUUUGUAUGUAUCAUAAUUUACCUCUGAUUGAAUUUGUUAAUUAUGAUGGUUGAUUUCACAGCCUUGCAUUCA